AUGCAGAAAGAAACAAUAACUGAAAGUUAUUCCCUACCAGGUAACAAAGAUGAAUCUUCAGCUCCGGAAAUCGUUUUUAUACCGGUGGAUUUAAGUGAUCUGAAAUCACAUCCUGAUUUAAUAGCAGAUGAAGUUAUAAAUACCGUCAACGAAAUUAAAAAACAUACUUCACCAGUGUCUGAAAGUAGUACAAGUACUACAGUUGCUAUUGCCAGCACUUCUACUAAUGAUUCAAUUUCUUCUACUAUUUCUUCGGUAACCACUACAGCUUCUAUAAAUACUACGCCAAUACUGAUGGAACCAGAAAUAAAAAUUACUGCUAAAGGUGAGCAUUCUCCUUCAAGUAAAAACAGCAGUAAAUCCAGCCAAAAUUCAGAUGAUGAUGUUGAAAACGUAAUUUACCACACGUCUAACUAUGUUUUAAAUAAUUCUAAUAACAAUUUAACAACUGAAACAUCUACAAAUAUUGCUAUUAGUUCCGAUAAUAACUCUUCAUCAGAAAUAUUGUUUAUACCGGUCAAUCUAGAGGAGCUGAAAUCACAUCCAAACUUGAUAGCAAAUGAGGUGAAGAAUAUUAUCGAUAACAUUAAUAGGCAUACGUCAAAAAUGGAUAUGACUACUACAACUACAGCUACUGUUUUAACUACUAUUACCCCGGCUACUACUAGUACAACGACCACAACUACUACUCCGGUGAUCAAAGCCAGCGUAAAUAAUCAAAACCCAAAGACUGACGAAACUACUGAACAAUCAGAAGCAACUCUCAAAGUCCAUGAUAUGAUAUUUUUACCAGUUAAUUUAGCUGAUUUAAAGUCACACCCUAACGCUAUAGAAGAUGAAAUCAAGGAUGUCGUAAAUCUAAUUAAUAAUAACGCAAAUAAUAAGACGAAAAAUGAAACAACGGUAAACCCUUCGCCAAAGCUUAAAAAAGUCGUUCCAAAUACAACGCCUCGAGAAUAUAACACAAUUACGAGCACUUCAGAACCCUUAAGUAAACAUAAGUCAAAUCCUGAGACGAUAGUUCCCGUUGGAAGUUCUGAAAAACAAAUAUCACCGGAAAUUAUUUUUAUACCAGUGAAUUUGAAAGACUUUGAAUCACAUCCUAAUGAUAUAAAUGGUGAAAUUCAUGAUAUAGUGAAUAAUAUGAAUGAAUCUAAGUCAAGCGAUGAGACAAACCUAACAGAUAAAAGCCUGACAACAAUGAAUAAAGAUUACACAACAGAAAGUCCAAAAAACCUACUUCCGAUACAACAAGAUGAUAAACCAAUGAAAAUCGGUUCCAAGAAUGUCAUGGCAAAUGAAAACUCGUUACCUGAAAGUGAUAUGGUUACGGAAAGGUUUUCAACUCCAGCCGAUUUACAGUCAUCGGCAAUUUCUUUAGAUGACCUAACAACUGAAAAUUCUCAUAGUAAACAAAAUGUUACAGUCGAAAAAUCCCCCGAAGUUGUCUUCAUUCCUAUAAAUUUGAAUGAUCUUGAAUCAAAUCCUGCAAUUGCAGAUGAAGUACGAGAUAUUGUUGAUUUUAUGAAUAAGCUACACCCACACGAUAACAAGGUUACAUCAUCACCAAAUCCUCAAAAAAAUACACCACAAGAAAGUGUUUCAACAAAAUCUACAGAUAAAGUAACUGAUACUACUUCAGCCAUGCCAACAUCGAAAAUUUUGUCAACUACUUCUACAACUGAAAAUUCUGUUACAAAAUAUUCGCAAAACUUAGAAACAGACCUAACAACCGAAUCUCCCGUAAAAUCUACAAGUGAUGCCAGUCUUACAACGAGCAAGGAAGAUCACAUAACUACAGAGAGCUUACAGCGAGAAAUUGUCUUCAUACCUAUUAAACUCGAAGAACUUAAAUCAAAUCCUGAUUUAGUAGCGGAUGAAGUAAAAGGUAUCGUUAAUUAUAUGAAUGAAAAAGACAAAACUAACAACAAUACGACUGAACAAUAUACCACCGAGAAGGAAAUUGUAACAAUCAAAACUACAUCGGAGUCACCCGCUUAUACAACAACAUUAAAAACUUCUGCAAUUACCGAAACUACUGAGAAUAUCGUGACACCAAAAUAUAUAAUUAUCGAACCAAUAGAAGUAACUGCUCUGAAAGAUGAAGAUGAAAAUGACAUAUAUGUGGGAAAUAUUUUAAGUAGACGAAAUGUUACCAACAAGCAAAACGACAGUGAAAAAAAUAAAGGUGCGAAUAAAAGCGGAAAAUCAAAUUCAAUAACCGAUGACAUUUCGGAUGUUAUUUAUGUUAUUAAGAAAAACAAGAAUAACACGUAA